AUGAUGGACGAAGCAGUUGGCGAAAAUAAAGCUAGCAGUAUAGGAAGGAAAGGAAUGGUUCUUCCUUUUGAACCUCUAUCCCUCACUUUUGAUGAUAUCAGAUAUUCUGUUGACAUGCCACAGGAAAUGAAAAAUCAAGGAGUUUGCGAGGAUCGUCUCGAGCUUUUGAAGGGUAUCAGUGGUGCAUUUAGGCCUGGAGUACUAACAGCUUUAAUAGGCGUAAGCGGUGCGGGAAAGACUACUGUAAUGGAUGUUUUAGCUGGGAGAAAAACUAGUGGUUACAUUGAAGGAAGCAUCACAAUCUCUGGCUAUCCAAAGAACCAAAUGACAUUCGCACGCAUAUCAGGAUAUUGCGAACAAUUCGAUAUCCAUUCACCCAAUGUUACGAUUUAUGAAUCUUUGCUAUAUUCUGCAUGGCUUCGUUUAUCGCCUGAAGUCGAUCAUGCAACUAGAAAGAUGUUUAUUGAGGAAGUUAUGGAGCUAGUAGAACUUAAGUCAUUAAGAGAAGCACUUGUUGGAUAUCCUGGCGAGAACGGACUUUCAACCGAACAACAUAAGAGACUUACAAUUGCGGUUGAACUUGUGGCGAAUCCAUCAAUAAUAUUCAUGGAUGAGCCGACCUCCGGCUUUGAUGCUAGAGCAGCUGCUAUAGUAAUGAGAACAGUAAGGAACACCGUGGACACAGGACGUACCGUGGUUUGCACGAUCCAUCAGCCGAGUAUCGACAUUUUUGACGCGUUUGAUGAGCUUCUACUUCUGAAAUCGGGUGGCGAGCAGAUAUAUGCUGGUCCAAUAGGCGCCCAAUGUUUCGAUCUAAUCGAGUACUUCGAGGCUAUUCAAGGAGUUCCUAAGAUCAAAGAUGGUUAUAAUCCUGCAACAUGGAUGUUGGAAGUUACAUCAGCAGGAUCAGAAGCAAAUCUCAAACUCAACUUCACUGAUGUGCACAAUAACUCAGAACUACACAGGAGAAAUAAACAGUUGAUUCAGCAGCUCAGUGCUCCUUCUCAAGAUUCAGAAGAUCUAUACUUUGAUGCUCAAUAUUCACAAACUUUUAUGGCACAAUGUAUAGCUUGUCUAUGGAAACAACACUUAUCAUAUUGGCGGAACACGUCGUAUACGGCUGUUAAGACUCUUAUUUACUAUCAUGGAGGGUUUAUUAUUUGGCCUAGUUUUUUGGGAUGUUGGCUUGAAAAGGACAAAUGA